AUGCUUCCCCGAUCCAUUCUUCUUCCUCUCCCACUUCUUCUUACCAACCAACACGAUGGAAGAGAGAGAGGAGAGAUUAUUCAUUUCGAAGGGAGGGCUCACGGGGAUAAAAUGAGAUCGAGUGCAGGCGAUGAAAAGAGAGAUGUGAGAAGGAGGGCGCAAGAUAGCAAAAAGUGCGCCGAUGGUGACGCAGUGAAUGAGAUGAACACGCGGAGAGAGCACUAA